GGCGCUUCGUAAGGCUGCCAAAGCCUGUAUAAAACGUCAGCCUUUGUUGCAUCGCGUGUGCGGCACACCCAAAUUUCACGUCUGGGAUUUUUACCACACAUCGUUUUUAGUGAUUUGUGCCAACGGAGCACAAUGGUGGGACCAUAUCAGAUGAAGUACGUCGUUCUGAUAAUCGCAAGCGGCUUCGCUAUCGGCGCAGAAAACAACCUGAUCGAGUCGUUCUACGAAGACCAGCACGAGUCGCCACCUCGGUUCGUGAACCCUGCCAAGAUGGAGAACGCCAUCAAAGUGCAGCCGACGGGCGGCAGCGUGAGACUCAACUGCCGAGCGACGGGCGUGCCGGAGCCCCGGGUCACGUGGUUCAAGAACGGCCAGCCGCUGACGUUCGCCACCUCCAACCGAGAGAAUGGACAGCGAUACACGCUGAUGCUGACGAACCUCGUCCGCAACGACAGCGGCGAAUACACGUGCGUCGUGUCCAACCGACUCGGCUCCGUACAGUGGACGUACACGGUCGAAGUUCACGAGCGGUUCAUACCGACGCCGAGAAUAGUGUGCCCGUUCUCCAACGUCACCGUAGCGGAAGGCGAAAGCCUGAGCAUCACGUGCGACGUCUACAGCCACCUGACGGCAUUCGUGCGUUGGAUCAAGCACUACCACAUCAACGGGAGCUACUUCGACCGAAACGGAGCGCCGUACGCCAAGUUGGUCAAGGACGCGGCUCUCGCCGAUGUCACGGAUCCUCACACGUUGACGCUGCAUAAUGUCACGCUCGCCGACUCCGGUUUCUACUCUAUACUGGCCAGCUCGCCAUCGGGGGCCUCACACAAGACGAUAGAAGUCCUCGUCGUGCCGAAGCCUUUCCCGGGAUUGUGAGUUGGCAAGAUGCUCUCUCCUCAU